GCAACGCCGUCCGUCUUGCAACAGGACCGCGCAAUCGACGUCGCCGCCAACGACUGUCACCACGGCUAGGACACGAUCGCUUUCUCGACAACCCCUGCGCCGGCGCCCAAGUUGCGACCAUGGACAUCCACCGUUGCCGUUUCGUUCCUUAUCCACCCUCGGCCAUCAAUGCCGUCGCCUUUUCGUAUCCGGCCUUGACCAAGGCCAACAAGAACGCCCCCGUCCGGCUCGCCAUCGGCCGCGCAAACGGCGACAUUGAGAUAUGGAAUCCUCUUAAUGGUGCCUGGCACCACGAGUCCACCCUUCACGGCGGCAAGGAUCGCAGCAUUGAUGGUCUUGUCUGGGUCAACGAGCCGGACCAGAUUCUCAGCGAUGGUACGCGUUUGGUAGGCAGGUCGAGGCUAUUCAGCAUCGGAUACACCGCCACAGUCACCGAGUGGGAUCUCGAGAAGGGUCGUCCCAAGAAGCAGGCAACUGGCAUGCACGGCGACAUCUGGUGCCUUGCCGCGCGCCCGCUAGCCUCGAACGCGGCCGCCACUUCCACCACUCCGCAGACCAAGCAACUCGUCGCUGGCACAAUAGACGGAAGUCUCGUACUCUACUCGAUCGAGGACGGGGAUCUCCAAUUUGAACGCAUCAUUGUCAAGUCAACGUCCAAGAAGACCAAGAUGGUCAGCAUCGCCUUCCAGAGCCGGAAUGUUGUCGUGGUCGGCUGUUCGGACAGCGCCAUCCGUGUUUACGACAUCCGAAAUGGCUCGACGCUCCGAACCAUGACCCUCGGGUCCGACCUUGCCGGUGGCGCGAAGGACAUCAUCGUGUGGUCAGUCAAGUGCCUCGCAGGCAAGGACAUUGUCUCUGGCGAUUCCACCGGCCAGGUCUGUAUUUGGGAUGGCAAGUCGUACACACAAGCACAGAGAUUACAGAGCCACAAGCAAGAUGUCUUGUCUCUUGCCACGAGCGCCGACGGUACCACGAUCGUCAGCGGCGGUAUGGACCGUAAGACUGUCCUGUACCAGCAAACGUCUGGUUCUGGCUCCCGCUGGGGCAAGGUGUGGCACAGGCGGUACCACAACCACGACGUCAAGACCAUGGCGUCGUUUGAAGGGCUUGGCAUGAGUGUUGUUGUGUCGGGAGGACCGGACGCCAAUCCGAUUGUGCUUCCCCUCAAGGAGGCAGGUAUGGAGUACCACCGGACGCUCUCCGCCCUCCCCCAGAACCCUCCCGUUCGAAGCGCAGUAAAGAGUCGGUACAUUGUCAGCUGGUGGGAUCGCCAAGUGCACGUGUGGCAGCUCAGACGGAACGUGAAGGACCUGGUCGAGUCGCCUGAUGCCGAUUUGCCGGUCUCCAAGAACCGUAGACUCCUGGCUCGAAUUCUGGUCAAGGGCGAAGCCAACAUCACGUCCGCCACCGUCAGUGCUGACGGCUCAAUCCUCGUGGUCGCUACCACAUCGGACGUCAAGGCUUUCCAUCUCGACGCCGGCAAAGGCAAUUCCAAGAAGGAUGAACUCAAGAUCAGCAAAGUGGACAUCCCCGAGGCCAUGGCUUCGAACGGUGCGAAGCGUGUGGACAUCUCCCCGGAUGGUCAAUGGAUCUGCAUGGUCUUGCCUGAUAACAGCGUCUAUGCUUUGAGGAUAGAGAGGUUGAGUGAAGGUGCGACGCCGGAGAUCCUCUCCAAAGCCACAAAAUUGCCUCGCCUGCGGAGAAACAUCCCGAAGCAUGUCCUACUCGGAGGCCUCGGACAAUAUGACCGGAGCAUCACGCAUGUUGCAUUCUCGCCAGACAGCAAAAUGAUUGCUGUGGCCGAUCUGGCAGGGUAUAUUGACACCUGGGUGCUGCAAGCGAAGACAGCAGUCAGCAAUGACGAUGCUGAAUCAGGCGGCAGCGACUCCGAAGCUGACGAAACUGAUGGCGAGAACGAUAUCACAUCCCCCAAGUGGCAGCGCAACGGAAAGGGCGGGCUCAUCCCUAAACUGAACGCUGCACCUACGGUGCUCUCAUUCUCCAGCCGCUGUCCCACCUCUCUGGGGUCUGACGGUGACGAGGAGGACGACUACAGAUUGCUCGCGGUGACGGCCCGGCCUCAAAUCCUCAUCGUCAACCCCUUGCACGGCGCGAUGAGCUCGUGGUCGAGAAGGAACCCGACAUCCCGGUUUCCCGUCGAGUUCCGCAACAUUCGCGACCUCGUCAAGGGCGCGCUCUGGGCUGGCGAACGGGUCUGGCUAUAUGGCAACAGCUUCCUGUUCAUGUUUGACACCUGCAAGGAUGUGGCCGAGCCCGAAGACCUCGCAAACAACGCGAAGGCCCUUGUCGCCCAGGGUAUCAAGCGCAAGCGAGGUGGCGACUCUGGUGCCGGCAGCAGGGCGCACAAGGAUGCCACGGGGCCUACCAGAAUCCUGCGCCACGUUCCUGAAGAGGGCACAGAGGAGCUGAACAUGGAAGGCGGAGGUGACCCCAUGGACACGGACGCGACGAGCGGCGCUGGUGAGGACGACGACGAUGCCAGCGACAGCGACGACUCCGAGGACGAGCGCCGUGGCGAGCUCGCCCUGCUCCGAACGGGCGGGGCCAAGGCCGUGGCUACCGGAGCUGCCGGCGCCAAUGGGGUACAGGAGCAGCAAGAGCAGAAGCCUGGCCUAGCGUUCUGGCACACUUUCAAGUACCGUCCUAUCCUUGGCAUUGUACCGCUGUCUGGAGCAGACGUUGACGGUGCGGAUCACGAGAUGAACGGCGUCGACGCACCGGGCAGCCCGCCGCUGCUUGAGGUCGCGCUGAUCGAGCGCCCACUGUGGGACGUUGAUCUCACAGAUCGGUACUACGCUGAUGGCGAGCGCGAGAGGUGACGAGUGAAUCGACAUAUUUCGCGUCGUGUGUAGAUAGAUCUGGAUAGCAUAUUUUGCAUGGAGUAUAAAAACAACUACGGCCAUCUUAAC